UCAAAAAAAAAAAAUCUCGGAUUCCAACCCAAUCCAGCGCCACUCGGCGCGGUGUACAUAAAGAUUGGAAGCCAGCGGGUGGCCGACGGUUAGUUUGGAGGGAGAUAUGGAGUGCUGUUAUUGGGCGCCUUCACGCCUUCCGCCAGCCUUCUCACACUCUUUCAGUAGAGGCAGCGGCACCGAACGCUGUUAUUGGACUUCUCCGACGAUUUGGCGGCUGAGGAAGAGGCAGAGGGCGUAUACCGGCUACGAUGUUCCUCGCUGCCAGAAGAUGUUCGUCCCCGGGUUUGGGGAGGCUUCGCCGGAAGCAAAGGCUGCUCGGAACCUGCAGAAUUUCUUCACGUAUAUUGCAGUGAAGAUCGUGCUUGCGCAACUUGAGAGCUAUAAUCCGGAGGCAUACUCGGAGUUGAUGGAGUUCAUUAGUCGCAACUCCUUGAAUGACGGGGACAAAUUCUGUGGAAGAUUAAUGCGGGAGUCUUCGAGGCAUCAAGGUUUAGCUUUGCGCAUUUUGGAGGUACGAUCUGCAUAUUCUAAAAGAGAUUUUGAGUGGGAGAACUUGAAGAAGUUAGCUUUCAAGAUGGUUGAUGAAUCUAAUACUAGGCUUAUGAGGGACUAUGUCUUGGAAACCAGUCACAUGGAGAAUGAAGGGUGAUGAAUUGCGUCACUUCUUCCAAGCUUUUCACCACCUUCAUACGAGUAUACUAGUUGUUAUUAGAUUGUUAUAUCUUGCCUAAUACUAUACACAUGCCGCUAUGUAUACUUGUAAAGAUAUACAUGUAUAUGUAUGCAUCUUAUAGAACAAUAAAACAGUAAA